AUGGCAACUAAAGCUACUCUGCCUUCUAUGCUCCGCGGAAUUCAACUGGAAGACAUACCCAAGACCUUUCGCGUUGCAAUCUCCGUGACCAGACAGUUAGGGUACCAGUACUUAUGGAUAGAUGCGCUAUGUGUCGUUCAGAAUUCUGAUAGUGAUAAAGCUGAGCAAAUAUCUCAGAUAACGCAUAUCUAUCGUAAUGCUGUCUUUACAAUAUCUGCCAGUAGAUCUGCCAGCUGUAACGAUGGAUUCCUUGGGCCGCUAGAUCUGGAUCCAGAAAAUAGACCGGAGGUAGUUUCUAGGAAAGUUCCGUACAGCACUUUUGAAGGCGUCGUUGGGCGCAUUCAACUCAGAAAGUUCAUUCCCUUCGACGCAAGCGUCCAAACAAUGCAUAAAAGGGCGUGGACAUACCAAGAGCAUUGUUUUUCGAUAAGAGUUCUAUCUUUCGGCAGCCAAGUUAGUUGGCAAUGUGCUGAUGGUGAAGCCCUAAACUUUGGGAUCUUAAAUGACGAAAUCAGUACCCUUAUUACUAUGCCCAAAUUGAGCCCAGCCGCAAUCGAAGACAUCAUGUGGAAUUCGAUUGAGAAUUCCAUAAAGCUGACGUAUAAGACAAUACUUAUCGAAAACUCAGAAGUCGGGACGCUAAUAAACAAGGUGGCGGUAAAGACAGCAAGACAGGUGAUGGGGAAGAGGUCGCUAGGUAAGAGCGUCCUUACGGAAGACCCCAAUUCGAAUACGGUGUUAAAGAUAGUAGCAUCGAAGUUAUUGAUGAAGAAGCUAAAUAAGUUCAAGCUUUAUAUGGUUCGCGUCGGAAUGAGUGAGGCACUGAGCACAAAUGCUUCAGAUAUCUGUGAAGUUAUCUUCGAUAUUUUCUGCGAUUAUUUUGUUCGGUCAUUCUUUGGGGAUAGAGAAACACGCAAUCUGAUACAAACAAUGUUUGCAGAAAGAGAUCUCGCCGCUAUCCUGGCCCUCCUGAAUCCCAUGUUAGUCCGCAUCUUCGCGAUAAUGAUGGAGCGAUCGACAGUAAUGCCAUUUAGGAAAGAUAGAAAUGGCGAAUCCCAAGCGGAAGUUGGCGGAAAUGGUAUUCUGGGGAUUAUUCGAGCGAGUACUACUUUGUUAGUGGACAUUCAAGCGGAUGCACUCGACAUGUUAGAGAAAAUUGGCAUCCGGUUCCCGAGGUCAAAGGAAGAGGAGGAAAAGGAUAUGCUCAAGCUCCUUCCAAAUCUCAUCGCAGGCCUCACCCUCUCACCACAGAUCAUAAAGCGGGUACUCGUAGUGAAGACACACUGGCCUGUGGUCGUGGAGCGAUACUCGCAACGCUCAUUGUCGGAUCCAAGUGAUCGUCUACCUGCCAUCUCGGGGAUUGCGAUCGACUUUAGUAAAUUCACAGACGGAAGGUAUCUAGCUGGUCUGUGGGAAAGGACCUUUAUCCAUGGGCUGAUGUGGCAUCAAAAUCAUCAAGUCACAUCAGACUCAUGGCUUCCGUUGAGGCCUGAGAGACAAAUUCGCGUAUUUCGACCUAGCGCAUGCUCUUACAUAGCCCCGUCGUGGUCGUGGGCUGCAGCAGAUGGUUUGGCACUGUACCCCAAAAUUCAAGGAAAAAUCUCACAAGACCUUAAAGUCCUUGGAUGCGAUUUUUACCCAGAAAAUCCGGGACAGCCUUUCGGUAAAGUUAUUGGAGGCUCCAUACGAAUACGGGCGCCACUAAGAAAGGUAGAUCACAACUGGUUUACUACCAGCUCGACUAGCUAUAUCAAAACGUAUCCAGAUGUGCAAAGCAGGCUUGCGUAUAUUCUUGACCGUGAACCCGAUCCCUGGGAUUACGACUCCCAUGUUUUCUGGCUGCUAGAGCUUUUCCAGUCUGAUGGUAAGUAUGUUGAAAAUAAACAUAACUCGCAGGGUUUGGUUUUGGAGAAGCUCAGAGAUAAAGUUUUUAUGAGGGUUGGAAUAUACAAAAGAGCAAAUCGGGGUUGGGUAAACACAACUAAAGUCUUGAAAUGGUGGGAAGAAGGGCAUUCCACUGUCGAAACCAUUGAGAUUAUUUAG